UUGAACUAUUUGGGCCUAUCUUGCGGGUUAUGGCCCGUAUCGACAGCUCUAAUUCUUCUUCCUCUCCUCUGCGACGUGUGAUUAUCUCUCUCCCAACUUCCUCCCAAGAAAUUGAUUGCAAUGUUCUAGUCAGUGAAGCCCUAAUUUCAGAAUCCAACCUUGGAGAAAUGGUGAUGUGUUUGUCGAUUUAGAAGAGAUGAAUUCUCUAAGAUCUUUGAGCUACAGUAGCAUCAGAGAAGCUCUAUCUCACCAAACUCCCACAAAGCUAUCAUCUUUAUCUCCUCUCUACUCUUAUAACCAGAGGAGAUGGCUAAAGCCUGUAGAUUCUGCGCAAACCAGGUUAGAGAACCGAACACGAGACAACCGAUUAGACAAACUCAUCGUCCACAUCAGGAAGCUAAACAUCAUCCUCGAGAUAACAAAACUCAUGGGUAACAAAAAGCGUGGUCCUUUCGUCUCCUUGCAGCUUAUGUCUCGAUGGAAGAACAUCGUCGGUUUGAACGUAAGCAUUGGAGCCUUUGUGGGUAAGUAUCCUCACGCCUUUGAGAUCUUCACACAUCCAUGUCGGAGGAAUUUGUGUUGUCGGAUUACUGAUAAACUGAAGGAAUUAGUUGAGGAAGAAGAAAGUGUUGUAAGAGAGAUUGAGGUUGAUGCUGUAAGGAGGGUGAAGAAGCUGUUGUUGAUGUCUAGAAAAGGUGUUCUGAAUGUUCAUGCUUUGAGGUUGAUGAGGAAAGAGUUAGGUUUGCCUGAGGACUUUCGUGAUUCGGUUUUGGCUAAGUAUACUUCAGAGUUCAGGUUAGUUGAUUUGGAGACUUUGGAGCUAGUUGAUGGAGAUGAUGAUGAGAGAUUGUCUGUGGCUAAAGUUGAGGAGUGGAGAGAAGUAGAGUACAGAGAGAAAUGGUUGAGUGAGUUCGAGACGAACUACGCGUUUCCUAUUAAUCUCCCCACAGGGUUCAAGAUCGAGAAAGGGUUCAGAGAAGAGCUAAGGAACUGGCAGAGAGUCCCUUAUUUAAAGCCUUACGAGAGAAAGGAGAUUUCAAGAAGCGUAGAGAGGUUCGAGAAGCGAGUUGUUGCGGUUAUCCACGAGCUUCUGAGCUUGACUGUUGAGAAGAUGGUUGAAGUUGAGAGACUAGCUCAUUUUCGUAAGGAUCUUGCGAUCGAAGUGAACUUGAGGGAAGUGAUACUGAAGCAUCCUGGGAUUUUCUAUGUAUCGACGAAAGGAAGUACUCAGACUUUGUUUCUUAGAGAAGCUUAUAGCAAAGGGUGUUUGAUUGAGCCAAAUCCUGUUUACAGUGUGCGGAGGAAGAUGCUGGAUCUUGUGUUGUUGGAAAAGCGUCACUCUAAGGAACUGUUACAAAGUUGUGAAGAGGAGAGAGAUGUUGAGGUAAGGUAUGAUGAAGAUUGGGAAGGAGAGAGAGAUGGAGACUGGAUCUUGCCAAUUCUGGAGAAAUGAUUGCUAUGAUGCAGUGGAGUUUGUGCAAAAGUCACAUCAUGUGUAUUGAAUUUUCAAGUGAAAUCAGAUUGAAGUUGGUUUUGUGAGAGGCCGUUCGAGAAAGAAGGUUGGAGCGAAGUGGAGAACAAUGAUGCUGAUGUGGGCAGGAGUCUCAGAAACUGUUGUGAGAGGUAAGAAAUGUUCUUACAACGGACAUUCUAAGUAGAGGCAGAGGAAUGUAACUAGAAAGUAGAAGAUUACUUGUGGAGGUUAGCUUGGCUUUUAGUGUCUUCAGCAAAAGAGAGGUAGCUUGGCUCAGUGAUCUUUCCUGUCUUAUGUCUACACGCACAUUAGUUUUGUGGCCAUAAGUGUGAUGUGGAUGAAAUUGUAGCAAACAAGAAAUUGUUUGAUGAAUUUUGAUCUAAGAAACACUCUGAGUUCCUCAUUCA